AUGGAGGAAGAAAAAAAAAGCAAAUCUAUAUGGGGAAAUAUAAUGGAAUUUGUGGAUACAUUCCGACAGGGAAGAAAGCUCAAAAAAGUAGAGGAAGAAAUGAAAAAGAACUAUUCUAAGCUUGUGGCAAGCGCAUUAUUAGAGUCGAUUCGGGAACAAAAACGAAUGAAAUCCGAAGUUGACCAUCAAUUUGCAGAGUUAGCCAAAAAGAUGAAUGAAGAAUUUUCUGGCAUUAAGAAAGAAAUGAAUAUUGACAAAAUUAAAAGAGAACUUGUGAAGAAACACGGCGGAGAUAUGUCAAAGGCUAUGAGAAAUAUUAUUGAAGAGCAAUAUGCAAAGAGUGGUGAAAAACCAAGCGAAGAAAUGAUUGACAACAUGGAACGUGAAUUGAAUGAUCUCAUGUCACGAAACAUCAAUCAAAGUACCUCCACACCCAACAACAACACAUCCUCAACAUCAUCACAAACAAGUACAUCAUCCCCACCAUCAAAAUUCAAGCAAAUAUUAGAAAAAGAAAAGGCAGAUAAAAAGAAAUAA